AUGGAUGCUAGGCAGGUCUGCGGGCGCCAGGGGCGGGGAAAGCGCUUAGCUGGGGUCUGGCCCCGCCCGAGAUCCGGAGGGAGGGCGGGGCUGCCCUCUUCCUCCCACACUGGCUCUGGUCUGAGCCGGGAACGGAAAAACGAGGUUCUCUCUAAGCUCCCUGCUUGGUUUUUGGGUGGCGGAAAGCGGAGCAGGAACAUGGCGCUCGUAGGCAACGGAGCAGAGCUGGAAGCGGACGAGGACAUUUUUGAAGAUGCCUUGGAAACCAUCUCUGUGCCUUUUCGUGCAGAUAUGGCGACAAGCAGCCGUCACUUGGCAUCACUUGAUACAAAACAGGCCUCUGGACAGCACAGAUCAUCUAAUGUGAGCAGGUCAGCAUCAACCAAGUUGGAUCUCAAGAAUGGCCUGGAAGAAUGUGAAGUGGCAUUGAAAUUAUUUCUAAGUAACAGAUUUACAGAUGCCUUAGAAUUGCUUCAACCAUGGGCUAAGGACAGCAUGUACCAUGCCUUGGGCUACAGUACCAUUGUGGUAUUGCAGGCCAUCAUGACCUUCGAGCAACAGGACAUCCAAAAUGGCAUUUCUGCCAUGAGGGACGCCUUACAAACCUGCCAAAAAUACAGGAAAAAAUGCACAGUUGUAGAAUCUUUCUCAAGUUUUCUUUCUAGAGGAUCAUUGGAACAGAUGACUGAAGAGGAAAUGCAUGCCGAAAUCUGUUAUGCCGAGUGUCUCCUACAGAAAGCAGCACUCACGUUUGUGCAGGAUGAAAAUAUGAUCAACUUCAUCAAAGGUGGACUCAAAAUUAGAACAAGUUACCAAAUAUAUAAAGAAUGCCUUUCUCUCCUGCAUAUAAUUCAGAAGAACAAAACUGAGCAACAGUUCUUCUAUGAGUUUGAAGGGGGUGUCAAACUUGGAAUAGGGGCCUUUAAUUUGAUGCUGUCCCUUUUACCAGCACGGAUUAUCAGACUACUAGAAUUUAUAGGAUUUUCUGGAAAUAGGGAACUGGGCCUCCUGCAGCUACGAGAAGGUGCCUCAGGAAAAAGCAUGAGGUCUCCACUGUGCUGCUUAACUAUAUUAUCUUUUCAUACUUACAUCUCCCUAAUACUUGGUACAGGAGAGGUGAACCUUGUGGAAGCAGAGAGUCUCCUCGCACCCUUCCUCCAGCAGUUUCCAAAUGGCUCACUCAUGUUGUUUUAUCAUGCCCGAAUAGAGCUGCUGAAAGGGAAUGUAGAAAAGGCACAAGAGAUAUUUCGAAAAUGCAUUUCAGUUCAAGAAGAAUGGAAACAGUUUCACCAUCUCUGUUACUGGGAGCUGAUGUGGAUUAAUAUAUACCAACAAAACUGGAUGAAGGCAUAUUACUAUUCAGACCUGCUUUGCAAAGAGAGUAAAUGGUCCAAGGCAACAUAUGUAUUCUUGAAAGCCUCAAUUUUGAGUAUGCUUCCGGAGGAGGAAGUGGUAGCAACUAAUGAGAACGUGGUAACUUUAUUCAGACAGGUGGAUAGCUUGAAGCAGAGAAUUGCGGGGAAGUCUAUUCCUACGGAGAAGUUUGCUGUGAGGAAGGCUCGACGUUACUCCCCCUCGUUGCCUGCACCUGUGAAGCUUGUGUUGCCGGCCCUGGAAAUGAUGUAUGCCUGGAAUGGUUUUCCAAUAGUGAGCAAAAGAAAAGACCUUUCUGAAAAUCUGUUAGUAACUAUUGAAAAAGCUGAGGCAACUUUACAAAAUGAAAACUUCAGCGAUUAUGCGGUAGAUGAUGAAUGCUUGGUGAAGCUGCUGAAAGGAUGCUGCCUGAAGAACUUACAGCGGCCCUUGCAAGCGGAAUUGUGUUUCAAUCACAUUAUCCAGAGUGAAAAGCUACUGAAGUUUGACCACUACCUAGUGCCAUUUACUCUGUUUGAGUUGGCGUGUUUGUACAAAAGCCAAGGGGACAUGGACAAGGCCCUGAAGGCCCUGGAAACUGCGAGAAACAACUACAAAGAUUACUCCAUGGAGUCUAGACUACACUUCAGAAUUCAGGCUGCUCUUCACCUCUGGAAAAAACUUUCCUCAGACUGAUGAGAACGUGAAGGACGGAAUUUCGUCUCCAUUAACACCAACAUCUGCUAUAGAUUAGACCUUGUAUUAAAGUGGAAAAGUGAUCUUAUGAAUGAGAGAUAAAAAUUAAUUUUAUUAUCAAUAUUUUCUAUAAUUUGUGUGGUGCGCUGUUGUUCUAUGUGAAUGUUUUUUUGUUUUUCCCUAUGGAAUAAUGUUCAGUACUACCUAGAAAAUUCUUAUAUUUUGCCUCUCCAAGAAUUUCAUAUUAGACUUAAAUUGGAGAGUAAAGAAGUCUUUUAAAGGACUCAAAGGUACAAUAAAGUCUAAUUAGAUUAUUUAUUUUUUUUAGUAUGGAAAUUAAUAUUGUUUAAUUAGCACAUGGCUUACAAGUUGAGCCAUUUUUAGAUCUGUUGGUCGGUUAAACUUCAGAGUUAUUUUGUUGCCUAGUAUUUAAAUUUCAGAGGGGAAAUAAAAUCAGUUAUAUCAGAAGAGCUUAAUAACCUUCUGAAGACUCCGGAAAAAGACAGGCAGUGUGUGUGAAUGGGGAUGGGGUAGUGUAGUUAAUAGGUUGGAAAGACACGUGUCUAGCAAAGGUGGUGACAUAUUGUUAAUGUUUUUUUAAUUCUUCUUGUACGUUAAAAGUGAUGACAUUAUUGAGAGACUAUCUUGUUUUUGAAUGUACUUAUUAAGUCUAUUAUAAUAACAAAAUUUUAAAAAGUGUCUAUGUAAAGGGAAGAAAAAGUUAUAUUUUAGACAUUAUCCUUAGCAACAAGAGCCUAAAAUAUAUAUACAUUGAUUAUUUUUCUUAGAGGAAGCAAAGUUCCUGCUGCUUUAAAUAUGUAAAAUAUCAAUAAUUUUUACACUCAUGAUGUUGGUGAGCGAGGUCUAAUUUUCUAAUCUCUCUAGCACUGUGACGGUUCCUUGUAAAUAUCUGGACUGUGUUUGGUCCUUUAAUUUGGAAGCGCAUCAGGACACUGAGUGGAGGAGAGCCUGACUCUGUGGCCCUGGCUCCGCGGCCCUGGCUCUGCGGCCGGUUAGCAGUCACUGGAGUGACCUUGAUGGGGCCCAGCUGUCUGCAUCACCGCACCCUCCUGAUCUGUGACGCGGGAGAAGGAUGUAUGAUUGCCAAGGUCUCCUUCAGUUUUAUAACUCUCAGUAUUUUAGGUGUUUAUUUUCAACAGACAAUGUUAAACGUUUAAUCUGAAUCACUCCCACUUUGAGUAUGUUUUUUAGUUUGCAGUCAUCACUGUAUCUACCCCCAACCCUCCAAAUACGUAUGUUUUGUGACGAAGGACCAGUUUGCAUCCAGAAGGAGGGGAAAAAAUUUGUGAAUCAAUGAAUCAGGGCUUUGUCCUAUUUCUGCCUCUAUUUUGAAGACUAACUUGCCAUGGGAGCAUGUGCAGUUUAACAGAAAUAGCCCCAGAUGGGGAAUCAGGAGCCCAUCUUGUAGUUAAUAGUUCCUCCGCAUGCCAGCAAGUCAUUCACCUUUCAGUUUGCUCACGUAUUUGGCCCUGACAGUAGCCCAGAUUAUGAAUUUAUUCCCUGUUACACAAACCUGUCCCCAGUAGGUGUUUGCCUUGGUUUCUUUAAGGUGUUAACUCUUGACCAGUGCUGAGGAUGUAUUUCCAAUGGGAGAUAUUAAUACAAGUUGAGUCAGAAUACCACCCCUUCAGAUGGUAUGGUGAAGAUCUCAAUGUGAGCUAUUGUAAAUUAUGUAACUUUACUGUAGGUGCAGACAAAAGAGAAAAUAAAAUAAACUGUCAGUACAACAAGUAGUGGAAAAUAUGUUUAAUAAUUAUUUUUUAUAGAACUUGGAAAAAAGUUUAUAAAUUAUUUAGAAGAGCUUUGGUAGCAUUAUUUUUUUAAAGUACAAACACCCACAUUGCUUUUGUGAGAAGCUGCAAGUAAGAGCAAAAACCAGUAAAAUUCUCUUUCUGGUAUGAAAUGAAAAAAAGUUAAGCUAAUAGUGGUUAUUUUUAUUUUAUUUUAGCUCUGCAUUAUAAAGAAACAAAAAUA